GUUAAAAUAGGAAGUGCAGUUGCAGAAAGGAAGGCUACGGAGAGGACCAUUAAAUGAUGUCUUUGGACUGACGUUGGUGCGAAACGUAGCCGUUAAGCAAAGAUGAGGCCAACCGUCGUCUUCCUGCUUCUGCUCAACACCUCGGCCUGCUGUGGUUUCGGCUUUAAAGGCUGCUCUCAGAGCUUCCCCCAGUCGUACGUCAUGUGGUGCUUCAACAGGGACAUCGCCAACCUCACCGACGUGGUCGCUGGGAUGCCAGACAACCUGACAAACAUCAACCUGUCAAAGAACAAGAUCAGGAUCGUCCCGCCUGGAUCGUUCAGUCGGAUUCCUGGGCUCAAACAACUGGACCUCAGCCAGAACCGGCUGGUCUCUCUGAAAGGGGGCGAGUUCAGUGGCCUGAGAGUCCUGGAAUGGCUCAACCUCACCUGCAACAACAUCUCACACAUCCAUUCCGACGCCUUGGAUGGACUCGCCGGGCUGAAAACCCUGCUUCUGACCCACAACGCGCUGGCGACGUUCUCCCCGAGGAUCUUUGAGUCCCUCCCGGCCAUUGAUAAGGUCAACCUGUCCCUGAACAAGCUGAAGGCCUUCAGCUGCGACGACUCUGCCGGAUCCUCCACCCUCUCGUGGCUCGACCUUUACGCAAACGCCGUCCAGAGGGUGAACGUGAGCUGUUUCCCCGCGCUGGAGUACAUCCGGCUGUCCAACAACUCCCAACUGGAGCUGCGGGCGGAUGUUUUUGCCUCCAACCCGAGGCUGAAGAGUCUGCUGUGCCAGGCGGUGAGAGCAGAAGUACUGGCGGGACUCUCGGCGGAGACGAAGAGGAACCUCUCUUGGGUGGCGUUCUCUUUGUCUGUGGAGAAAUCCCCGCUGACGAUCUGUGCGUUGUUAGGCGGAAUGGACCAGCUUGAGAGGCUCGAGGUGGACUUGAAAGGAUCCAGGUUACCUCGGGAUAACUACACCCUCUUGGACUGCGACACUCCGCCCAUGGUUAUCGUUGAGGAUGCGGACCUCGGGAACGUGGCCUCGGUGUCUCUGGGUCGGGGUAAUACGAGCAGACUUUACCUCACCAACUGCGGGUUAAAGCAGAUAUCUCCCACCACGUUCGGCGGUUACCGAGGCCUGACGACCCUGCAGCUGAAUCGAAAUAAGCUGGACAUUCACAGCGACGCGUUCGAAGGGCUGAGCCGCCUCACGUUCUUAGGCUUCGACAGCAGCAAAAUCAGCGACAUUGACCCCAACUGGUUCGUCCCUCUGAAGAGCCUGACUCGCCUGUCUCUGGUGAAGAACGAAAUCACCGAGUUGCCACCCGAGGUGUUCAGUGGCCUGAGCCGACUCGAGCAGCUCUACAUGCAGUUCAACCUGCUGAAAUACAUCACCGGAAAGCCCUUCAGCGGGCUGCGGAGGCUAACGAAGCUCAACCUCAGCUUGAACAUUAUAGAUUUCAUCGAGGUCGGCACCUUCGAUGACCUGACGAUGCUUUUGUACCUGGAUUUAAGUGGGAAUCGGAUCAAGAGGCUGACGCCAAACAUUUUGUCCGGCCUGAUCAAUUUGAGGAAAUUUGUUCUGUACAACAACCGGCUGCAUUUCAACUCCCGUGAAGCUCCUUUCAUAGACCUUACUUCUCUGGAGUAUCUGGAGAUGAACUACCAGGGUCCUGGAGGUCAAGGCAUCGGUACCAUUGGGCCGCAUUUCUUCCAAGGUCAACGUAACCUGACCUCGUUUACCAUCGGGCACAGCAUCCAGCUCGACUUCCACCCCGAUGCCCUUGCUCCUCUGGUCAAUUUAAGGAAACUGUUUAUAGAUAGCGUGGUUAUGAAAAGGACCAACCUGAGCGCAGUUUUGUCCCCUCUGAAGAAGCUGAAGAAGCUGACUCUUCACAGAAUAGACCUCGACGCUCUGCCUGCUGACCUGUUGCCACCGGAUAACAGGCUGGAGGUCCUCCAAACCAUGUCCAACCACCUGCACACUGUGGACAAGCUCAUGCUGGAUGCCCUCCCAAGAUUGCGUGUUUUUGACAUUACGGACAACCCACUUUCCUGCACCUGUGAUAAUGCCUGGUUCAAGACCUGGGCCAUCCGCAACACCCAAACCCAGGUGUCCUACCUGUACAGCCUGCGGUGUGACAACGCCAGGAGAUCUCGCUACCUGUGGCAGUUCGAAGACCGGGCCUGCUCCUACGAAGAGGCGGCCUUCGCUCUCUUCGUCGCCUGCUCCGUGGCGGACGUGAUGUUCGUGUGCGCGUGUCUGGCGUGGCACACGCAAGGCCCGACCCUGCGCUACCUGCUGCUCGUCCUCCGGGCCAAACUGCGCGGACGGAGGAGGGCGGCGGCCAAGUUCCAGUACGACGCGUUCAUCUCCUACUGCUCCAAGGACGAGGCCUGGGUGAUGGAACAGCUGGUGCCCAAUCUGGAGAGGCCCGGCGAGGGCGACGCGGGCCUCAGGCUGUGCCUCCACCACAGGGACUUCCGGCCCGGCGCCGCCGUGCUGGAGAACAUCGAGGCCGCCAUUCACAGCUCCCGCCACACCAUCUGCGUGGUGACUCGUCACUUCCUGCAGAGCGAGUGGUGCUCCGUGGAGUUCCAGCUGGCCAGUCUGAGGCUCCUGUACGACGGCAGCGACGUUCUGCUGCUGGUGUUCCUGGAGGAGAUACCCGAGCGCUGCCUGACGCCCUACACGCGGCUACGCAAGAUCGUACACAAGAAGACCUACUUGCUGUGGCCCGAGACGCCACAGGAACAGGACUCCUUCUGGGUCCGACUCAUCGAUGCCUUAAGGGACGGCCAGGAGGGCGGGAGAGGUGGAGAACACGAGUUGGCAUAGAAACAUCGAGCGAGCAAUUAAUGGAUUGUUAAAACGGUUGGAAAUUACUUUGAGUGACUUGUGGUUAGCGAGGGACACAUUUUUGCAGUUUAUAGCUAGAGCUUCAGCUUUAAUUACCAACAGUGUUACUCAAAUGCAGAAGGUUGUCACACACUUCAACAGUGUGGAUGUGUCUUUGUCUAUAUGUGAAAAAUGCGCGCGCGCACACACACACACACACACACACACACACACACACACACACGAGUGUAAACACAUUUCUGUGGUUUGUGAAAUUUCGUUCAAAUGGCAUGUGCUGAAUAAAAAGAAGAAGUAUUACAAGA